UGGCUAAAAUAAUGGAAAUACAUUGUUCCAUCUGCUAGAAUGAUCAUUUUGUUUCAACAUUUUGUCCAUAUGCCAUUGUUAUUUGAUUCUGUAAAAUUCUCUCUUCAACAAUUGUGAUGUAUAAACUGAUUUUGCCUGCUAAUGUUGCAGUUACUAGGUUGGAUGCAUCGCAUGUUUCGGCAGAAUAGCAACGAUCCAUUUAAAGUUUCCGUCGUUGGGCAGCCGUCGCUCGACGAUCAACAAUACUAUCCGAAGUCAAACUGGGGCACGAAACCCUUCAAGCAAGCCCCGAAAGAUCAGCACCUUCGAAAAUCUUUCAACGGUCUAGAUGCAGCUAGGGCAGAAGAAGAAUACUAUGAAGAGGAAUCAUCUGCUGAGGCAUCGGUGCUCUUCCAUGGCUUUCUUGCAAUCGGCACCCUUGGAAGCUCGGACCAAGUGAACACUGAACCAUCAACCCCAAUGCUUGGAAUCUCCGUGGAGAACAUAACCGAAAAAGAAACUGAGGCCACGGAGAACGAGUUGAAUCUCAUCAAUGAUGAAUUGGAGAAAGAGCUAGUGGCUGUUCCGGCGAAGGAUGAUAUUUGUAAUGAUUCAUCUGGAAGAAACAGCUAUGUCAGCAAUGGAAGAAGUAGCCAAGGAAGCACCAUUACGCUAAGCGGGAAGGCACUGGAAGGCGCAGCGAACAAGGGGAAUAAUGGAACGGCAGUGUGCCCGCUCCAGGGAUAUCUUUUCGGGUCGGCAUAUGAGUUGUCUGAAACAACAAUAGUGGCAAAGAAGGAACACAGGACAUCUCUUGGUGAGCUGUUCCAGAGGACUAAAUUGGCUGAGGAGAUCUCCGGAGCAGAAUUGAUCAAAGAGGAGAAGCGAGCGGAUAAGUCCGCCAUGCACUUAAUCAAAAAGAUGCUCAAGAAAAAAAUGCUUCACGCUUCUUCUCGUGGCUCCGGCAGGGCUGCUGAUCAUGCUUCAGCAGAAACAAAACUCAAUAAGAUCCUUCACAUGUUCCGUAGAAAAGUUCACCCUGAAACCUCGGCGGCUGAGCGAAAACCCGGUAAGUAUAAAGGGAACCAAAGCAAGAAGAAACCAAGCAGUGAGGGGACUUACAACAAUGGAGGUCAGGAUGAAGACAUCUUGUUAUAUCCUCAACAAGGAUUUUCUUCAAUGCAGAGCAUGUGGCACUACAAGAGCCAAUCAAACCCGCUCCAAUUUGUGCUUAGCGGCAUGGAUUCAAAGGAGAACAGGGAGCACUGGAUCAAAACAGGUGCAGACUACCUAGUCCUGGAGCUGUGAAAGGAUAAGAGAUUCAAGUUGGGUUUUUCGAAUUGUGACUGCUUGAUUAGUAAGAAGUGAUUUCUACAGAUUGAUGAGUGUUUGUAAGAGUGAGAUCCUACUUGUUUGUAUCAAAGAACAUGUUAUCUACCCCUUUGAUUGCAUGCGGUGUCGUUUUGUAAUUUCCCGCCAACACGUUGCCUGCUCCA